GCCCUCCUGACAACAUGAGGUCCGGCAGCUUCUUGGUCCUGGUGGUGUUCCUUGUCCUUGGGACAUUGGCAACACAGGCAGCCGUCACAGGAGUUCCUCCUAAAGGUCAAGGCACUGACAAAGGUGAUGUUCUGAUCAAAAGACAAGAUCCAGUCAAAGCCCAAAGUCUACUCAGAGGUCUCAUCACCACUAAGCCUGGCGUCUGCCCCAGGAUUCUGAUCCGGUGCGCCAUGUUGAAUCCACCUAACCGCUGUUGGAGCGACGCUGGCUGCCCAGGGGCCAAGAAGUGCUGUGAGGGCUACUGUGGGCGGGCCUGUUUGGAUCCCCGGUGAGGUGAGAACUGGGAGGAGGAAGAGGUGGCCCUCGAGGACACAGAGAAGGCUGAGCGGUGGGGAAAGAUCCCCUAUUGGUGGGAGAGAGGAUAUGAGGAGGUGAAGGAAGGACUAAGGGGUCUCAGAGGCUACAAUUGGGGUCCUGAGAGGGGUGACACAUGGACUUGGUCCUGCCUCCCAGUGCCUCUGUGUGCUCUGAUCUGCUGAAUCACAUCCCUGAUUCUCUUCUCUCCUUCCAGGUGGAGCCUGUCCUUGCUGCAUCUGCGAAGCACUCAGGGCUGCAGGCCCUGGUCCCUGUAGCACUACCGUCUCCCACACUGUCUAUUUUUCCUCUCGUUCAGGAAGCCCAAGCCUGGGGCUGCCUCUCUCAUUGACUUUCCAAUAAAAGACUGCUUUGUGCUCCA